AUGCUUGCAUCUACCUCCUUAAGGACUUUGGAACUAACAACGUCACAGAAGCUGGCGGAUCGCGCGGUGACAUAUCUCCUCGAGCACUGUCCCAAUUUGUCGUUUCUUGACGUGGGACACUGCUGUCAACUGGUGGAGCCAAAGCUAGCACAUCCCGGGCUGGAAACUAUCCUUCUCAGCUUCUGCGUGAACUUGAGAGAGUCCGCUGUGGCCGGCCUCUUCGAGAACUGCCCAUCAUUGAGGUAUGUCGAAAUUGCUGUGUGCAUGUUCGACAUGACCAAGUUUCAACGAACGUGUCGCCCCGAGUGCACAAUUGUGGUGAACUUCGAUUUCUGA